AUGUUGUUUAGUGCCUCAGCGACACCACUAGUGCCCAGCUUGUGUUUUCUUGCGGCGGAGAAACCCGUCAAUCGUCGUCCUAUGAUGAUGAGACUAUCAGGCGGAGCAAUUGGGUCUUCGAAUUUCGAUCUGAGGACGUAUUGGGGGACUCUGAUGAGCGAGAUCAACCAGAAGCUCGACGAGGCGAUACCGGUCAAGUACCCUGCGGGGAUCUACGAGGCGAUGAGAUACUCGGUGCUCGCACAAGGCGCCAAGCGUGCCCCUCCAGUCAUGUGUGUGGCCGCCUGCGAGCUUUUCGGUGGCGAUCGCCUCGCCGCUUUCCCAACCGCAUGUGCCCUAGAAAUGUUUGUUGUGAUCUAUAAAUAG